AGGACUCAGAGUGGAAGGGACAGAGCAGUGCUGUGGACACAGACUUCAUUACACACCAUCUCUUAUAUUCUGGAAGUGCUCCUGCCUGAGAAGAUGCUCAUGUCAGAAAAAGAAAGGAAAAGAGAGGCUGGUGCCCUGUUGGAUGUGAAGCUGUUCUUCUCAAGGGACAAGACCACACAGUGAGAAGAGAUAUGAAGGUGUCUGGUUUGCUUUUCUGCCAGGGGUGUGCCCCAUGGCAGGGGGUUCUACUCACAGCCUCCUUCUUAACCUGCUGGUAUCUGUCUACCACUUCCAAAGUCACCAUUGAAUUAUUGCCAUCCCAAGUGGUUGAAGGAGAAGAUGUUCUUUUCCUUGUCAAUAAUCUGCCAGGGAAUCUUACAGCCUUUGCCUGGUUUAAAGGGAGGACAAAUAGGAAACAUGGAAUUGCACUGUAUGCAGUGGCGUCUGACUUAUAUGUACACAGCGAUAGAGAGACAUUGUACAACAACGGAUCCCUGAUGAUCCACAAUGUUACCCAGAAGGACAGAGGUUAUUACACCCUACGAACCUUCAAUAAACAUGCAGAAACUGUAUCAACAACAUUCACAUUCCUCCACGUGAACCCCUUCCUUUGGAACUGUGGGCGCUUGGUCACCUCUUCCCAGCCCCGUAUUGAAUCAUUCCCCUCCAUCGUUACUGAAGGGCAACAUGUUAUUCUACAUGUCUACAAUAUCCCAGAGAAUCUUCAAGGUUUUAUAUGGUUCAAAGGGAUGACCGUGCACAGGCACCUUGAGAUUGGCCGAUACACAAUAGGCAGGAAGUCAAGUGUGUUUGGGCCUGCAUACAGCGGUAGAGAGAAGCUGGAUAGUAAUGGAUCCCUGCGGAUUGAAAAUGUCACUCAAAAGGAUGCUGGAUUAUACACCCUACGAGUACUGGGUACAGAUAUGAAGAGUGAAGAAGCACAUGUAGAACUCCAAGUUAACAACCCCGCUUUUCAGUGCUGUAACCCUAGCACCUCUUCCAAACUCAUGGUUGAAGCAGUGCCUCGAUAUGUUGCUGAAGGGGAAAGUGUUCUUCUCCUCGUCCACAACCUGCCAGAAGAGUUAAUAUCCUUUACAUGGUACAACUCAAUGUAUAGGGUCCCUGCCUUUAAAAUUGUAGAAUUCAAUGUAAUCAGGAAUAUCACCACCUGGGGAGAUGUGUACAGAGGAAGAGAUACGGUGUAUGCCAACGGAUCCCUGAUGCUCCAGGACGUCACUGAGGAAGAUGCAAGAAUGUACACACUAGAAACUUUAAACGUAAACUACACAGUUGAAAGAGCACAUGUGCAGUUUUAUGUAAACAAGCCUGUGACACAACCCUUUGUGCAAAUCACUGACACCACAGCCAAUGCACAAAGAUCUUUGACCUUCACCUGUGUUACACCUGACAUUGCAACCUCCAUCCUUUGGUUCUUCAAUAGCCAUAGUCUGAAGCCUACAGAAAGGAUAACACUGUCCCCUACGAAGUGUGGCCUCCGAAUAGAUGAUGUCAGAAGUGAAGAUGCUGGAAAUUACCAGUGUGUGGUCGUCAACCGAAAUGGUGAUGCAAAGGCCAGUCACCCUAUCAGGUGGCCAUGAUGAGUAAGCGACCUUCCUCUCAUCCUACACUAGAAUGGUGGCGUUUCUUUAUUGAUGGAGCAAAGCUAUGUGGUGAAAAUGAUCAUUUACUACUCAGGUGCAGCCGGCAUGAUGACACAUGCCUGUGAUCCUGGGAUAUACAUGUGUAUAAGAACAAGGCAGGAUUUAAAGUGAGACUCUGUCUCCAAAGCAAAGCACAGACUCAAUACAGCAAACAGGAUCACAAAGUCAUCAACAGCUUAGGUUGUGGAUCAAAUAUAUAGCUAACCAUCUGAAUCCACAAAACCCUCUUUCAGGAACCCCCAAACCUUGGAUGCUUUGAGUCUGCUGUGAUAAAGACAUCCUUUAUUUGCUAAAAUAUAUCCCAUGUUUAACUAAUUCAGCUAACAUUAAUGGUUACUAGAGAUCAUUCAGACAUUCAGUGAAGUGAGAGAGAGUGACAGAAGAAGGGAAUGCAAGGUCUAAAAUUGUGGACAUAACUGUUUGCUACAUAGUUUUGAUCCUCAGCUUGAUUGAUGCACAGAUGUAAAAUCCAUGGUGUAAAUCCUUGCCCCAACCUGCAGGAUUUAAGCAACAGGGGUCUCGGGGAAGGGAGCAACAGUAACAAAUUGUGAUCAGGAGAUGUGAAGGAAGGAGACAAGACAAAAAAUUCUGUUCAAGUCUCAUUUACUCUUGGGAAACAGAGGGCUUAUAAAGCUGAAAACCACAAAUGGUAUUUGCUCAGGUGCACAGGCCAAACAGCCCCUAUCAUAAAAUGCCCCAAGUCAACAGAAGCAAGAUAGUAGAAGAAACAAGAGUGUUAAUUAAAAGAUGAUGGCCCAGGGACAAGACAGAGGCUGAGAUGCCAGUGGCUUUUGGGCCCCAACAAAUCCUGAUUCUGUGAUCUCUAUUCUGAGAGUCGCAUUCACAGUGGGACCUUGCAUGAUUCUUUUUCCUGUUAAUAUGUUUCUUUCUUUUUGUUCUUCUUUUAUCCAUUGCAUUCCUACCACACUUUCCCUUUCCUCCCAUCCUCCCCAACAUCCCCUUCCCUCAGAGCCAUUCUUUUUUUAUUUCCCUUCAAUCAAAAAGAGCAAGCCCUUCAAGGAUAUCAACCAAACACAGCAUAACAAGUUACAGUACCAGUAGGCACAGAGCCUCAUAUCAGGGCUGGGUGAGGUAACCUAAAAAGAGGAAAAGGGUCCAAGAAAAGGCAAAAGAGUCAAAGACAUCCCCCACUCCCAUUGAUAGGAGUCUCAUAAGAACACCUAGCUAUAUAACCAUAGCAUACAUGCAGAGUACCUAGCUCCAAACUAUACAGAGUAUGUGAUUAUUGAUUCAGUCUCUGUUAGCCCCUAUAAUCCCUGUUUAGUUGAUUCUGGGAGAAUGCUUUUCUGAUGUCCAUGAACACUCUGUUUCGUACAACUCCUCCUCCUUCUCUUCUGUGGGGGUUGUCAUGCUCCAUCAAGUAUUAUCUGUGCAUCUGAGUCUGCUCCCAUAGUGGCUGGAUGAUACCUCUCUGAUGACCAUUAGGCUGAGGACCAAUUUAUGACUAUUAAAGAAUAAUAUUAAUAAUUAUUUCAUUAUUUUUUCAUUCCAGUUUGUUUAUAUCCUGAAUCUUUGGGCUGUUCAGUCUCUGGUUCCUAGCCAUUUAGGCUGUGUCAGACAUUGACUCCUUCUCAUGGAUUGGCUUUAAGUUGGAGCAGUCAUUGUUUGUCUACUCCCAAAAUUUCUCUGUUACCAUUACACACACAUUUUGCAGCCAGGACAGUUUGUGGGCCAAAGGUUUUGUGUCUGGUUUGGUGUCCCAGUCCCAAUGUUAGAAACAUUGUCUGGUUACAGGAGAUGGCCAGUUCAGGACUAAUCAUCUUCUCUAGGGUCUUUUUCAAAGUUUUUGGGAGUUUCCAGUGCAGUAGAUUUCCACAUUGCUCCCAAAAUUUCCCCCAAUUCCAAUCCUCUCUUCCAGCACUUUGUCUCUCCCUCCCCCACCCCUCUCCUUGCCUCAUUCCCACCUGUUCUGAUCCACACACACAAUCUAUUCUAUUUCUCUUCCUGGGCAGAUCCAUGGGCCACCCCUUGAGUCUCCUUGUUACUUGGGCUUUCUAUGUAUGUGACAAAACAGGAAACCUGAUUGUGGGCAAUAUUAGUUCACAGAAGUAUAUCUCAUGAGGUUGUAUUUGUUUUUUAUUUCCAGAAAGUUCUGUAGAAUCUUUAGGAUUUUCUAAAAAUAACUUCGUGUGUGUGCAGAUGUACUUUAUAGCCACCUAAUUUUCACUUUUGAUUUCCUUGUGUUGAUAUUGGUCUUAGAGUUUGGAAAGCUGUCAGGUGUCCCCACUGAGUAAUGAGUUGGUUCUGGGUAUUCAUAUGCACCCCUACUGGCACUGGCAGAGUCUUCUAUCCUUAAUGUGGCUGUUUUCAUCAUUAGAAGCUGUUUAUAUUUGUCAAAUGUCUUUAUUCAUUCAGUCUUAUGAAUGUGUCUCUUCUUGCUUCUAUCUGUAGGUUCUGGGCUUCUAGGAAUUUGUCUCCUUCAUGUAAGCCACUCUAUCUUUAGCCCAUCAGUGUGAACAUGAAAAUUUUAGUAUCCUGAAAAGUGGACAGCUAGGUCCCAAUUUUCACCUUUAGUGUUAGUGUCAACCCUUUAAAUACAAAGUUAAUCUAACUAAAGAUUGACAACGCCAUUAUCACUUUGAAGAACCACCUUUUCCUUUUAUUGAAAAUAGAUUUUUUGAUUUUAAAAAACAUUUCAUUAAUUCUUUGUGAAUUACACAUCAUGUACCCAAAUCCCACUUAUCUCUUUCUCCUAAUAUCUGCCCCUGCAUCCUCCUCCUCAAAUAUAAUAAAUUAAUAAUAAUAAUAACAAUCCAAAAACAAAACAUAAAAAACCUCUUGUUUUGGAAGCUGUAGUAUGUGAUAGUGUCCCACAGAAUACCCUUUUGUCCAUACAUCUUUACUUGGAAAUGUUCAUUGCAAUGAAUCAUUGGUCUUGUUCAAGGCCUCUGUGCAUGGUAGAUGAGUGGCAGGGCCAGUUCACCUGCAUCCCUGCCACCAGGGCAAGCUCUACUGUGCUGCUCAGGUAAGGUACAUGUCAAAUUCUCCUCAGUGCUGUGACCACUGAGGGAUGGAGCCAGCUCUGCACAGUUCUUGUACAUCAACAUAGUCUAAGGCACCAGCCUAGACUGGGGACAUCCUCAUGUCCUUAGUGGCAACAUGAGCCACAGACACCAAUACAGAUCCCUGGUGCUGUAUGUCUAUGAACCCAGACAUGGUCCUCAGUGGUAUCACUGGGUCUUCACCAUGAACUUAGGUGCCAGGCUAGGCAAAACCACAUCGACCUCUUAUUCUCUACUUUCAUAUUUCCAGUUCCAAGUCUCUUCACAAAGCUCAUAUUAUUCUGUUUCUUAUUCCUGCUCAUCUAUCCAUCACAUACUUGCAUAUCGCAGUGAUUCCUGCUGCAGGCAGGUAAAGCACCAGGAGGGCCUCCGAGUGUCUUCCUCCACCUGUACCACGUGGAUAGAUGUGGGUGGCCUGCUGGGUGUCUACGUGGUGUGGUGGCAGGUUGGCCUCUGUCUUAGUCAGGUGUGGGGAGCCGCCCUCACAUUCGCCGUUGCAAGAUGGCGCUGACAUCCUGUGUUCUAAGUGGUAAACAAAUAAUCUGCGCAUGUGUCAAGGGUAGUUCUCCAUUCCAUGUGCUAUGCUUUCCCCGUGACGACAACUCCGCCGAUGGGCUGCAGCCAAUCAGGGAGUGACAUGUCCUAGGCAGAGGAUAAUUCUCCUUAAAAAGGGAUGGGGUUUCGCCAUUCUCUCUCUUGCUCUUACUCUCUUGCUCUCUGGCUCCUGAAGAUGUAAGCAAUAAAGCUUUUGCCGCAG